AUGUGCUGUGUAUAUAUGCACCAAGUAAAAUACUAUUCUCAAUUCCCGAGGAUAGUUCCUAGGAGGAUGUACGGAAUCCUUAACCGGACUCCAGCCAUGGAGUAUAAUGGGAUGCACCGAGUUAUAUUUUAUGAAUAUCAACUCCCCAGGGAUGUCCCUAGGAGGUUACAUGGACUCCUUAGCUGGACUCCAGCUAUGGAGUAUAAUAGGAUGCGCCAAGUUAUAUUUUAUGAAUAUCAACUCCCCGGGGAUGUCCCUAGACGGUUACACGGACUCCUUAGCUGGAAUCCAAUGUUGGUGCCUAAUGGGAGACUCCCAUUACACUCCCUGGAAUCCAAGUGUUACUAG